AUGCCUUUCUCUUUCUUCUCCCGCAAGAAACCCUCUCGUCGAUUCAACGACUUCUACGACGACUGGUUCAAAACCCUAACCGAAAACUGCCUCCCUCUCCUCCGUCAAUCACUUUCCUCCGCCGCUUCAGCUUCCGUCCUCUCCUCCAACGUAGAUCUCGUCCUCCGUCACCUAGUCUUAUACUACGAAACCCUAGACCUCGCCGCGGAUCACAACACCAUCCCUUACCUUCUCUUCCCUUCAUGGCGCAACUCCCUCGAGACUCCGUUUCUCUUCCUCGGCGAUAUACAUCCUUACCUCCUCACCAAUCUCCUCCGUUCUUUCAUCGACCGUGAGAAUCAAGAUUCUGAUGACGACGGAGACACUUCUCUUGAUCUCGUGAACCAACCGUUGAAGAUAUCGACUGCGUGGAAAGACCCAUCUGAUGAGUUGGUGAAAAGAAUCGAUCAGAUUGAGUGUACGAUGAGGCUUAUGGUUCCUGGUUUGAUGGAUCGUAUGAGGAAAGCACAGAGAGGUUUCGUGGCUCGAGUUUCUGAGAACUGGGUCUUGUCNACCAUUUAA